CCUUCAUAGAGGAGGCCGCGUUCAUAGAGGAAAGGAGGCCACGUUCGUAGAGGAGGAGUCCACGUUUGUAGAAGAGGCCGCGUUCGUGGAUAAUGGACCCGUAGCAGGGUACAUCAUAACCAACAGGUUCUUUGCUCCAGGCUCCCCUGGCGUUGAACAUCUCCAUGAUGGCCUGGAUGUGAGGAAUCCUGCGGCGAUGAGAGCCCUCUCCGCUCGCAGUUCGAACUCUAUGGCUGCCUUCAUAAUUCUACGGCGUUCGUGGGCAGCCAACGCUUCUGCACUCCCGGCUUGGUUCGUCGGCUCCUAG